AGAGCGGUAAUAACACAGGAGGACCAUCUUCAGAAGUUCUAAAAGGUUGCGAACGGAGAAGAAGAUUCUUUCGACGAAACCCUGUUGUUGUUGUUGUCCUGUCCUGUCCGUACAAUGCCGCCGAAAAAGAGCAAGGCUGAUGGAGAAGGAAAGGCGAAACCUUUAACGACGGCGUCGUCUAGAGUGACUCGGAGCAUGGAUCGUCGAACUCGAAGUGAGACUCAACAAAACGGUGCUAAACCGGCUGGAUCCGCCACUACACCGGUUAAGGUUGCCUCUCCGAAGAAGGCGAAGAGGAAGAAGCCAGCGAUUGAGACUGGAAAAGCGAAGAAGGGAAAGCAGGAAGACGAAGCAGUUGGGGAAGUUGAGAAGGAAGAAGAGGAAGAGGAAGAGGCAGAGCCAGAGGUUGAGGACCCGACGAAAGCGAAGAUUGUCAUAGAGUACUGUAAACAAUGCAAUGCGUUCAAGACAAGGGCUAUUCAGGUGAAGGAAGGUCUGGAGGGAGCUGUUCCGGGUGUCAUGGUGACUCUGAAUCCUGAGAAGCCAAGGCGGGGUUGCUUUGAGAUCCGGGAGGAAGGUGGCGAAACAUUUAUCAGUCUUUUGGAGAUGAAACGUCCAUUUGCGCCAAUGAAGGCACUUGAUAUGGAAGAAGUCAUCGAGGACAUCAUAAAGAAGAUCAAAUGAGAGACCACUACAGACUGCAAAUAGGCUCUUCUUGUGCUGAAUAUGUUCUUUGUUUCUGCUAAGCCUCAGUUAAUUCAAUUAGGGACUUUCUAGAGCAAUGUCAGAUUUAUUAGGUUCACUUCCUGUUGUUUUGCUAUGAGCAUUGUAAGUGCAGUCUCAUUGUUUUGCAUUGCCUGAUUGGUUUGGUUGACAGUUUCUGGGAUUAACUCGUAUUUGUAAGGCUAGUUUGAUUCAUCUCGUUUCUUAAGGUAAACUGAUGCAGAAA